CUUGCUAGACAUUGGUGGUGGGAGGUGUGCCUGCUCGCUCUCCGCCUCUCAAAGGUCAUCCAAGGUAUGCUAUUGGUGAUGACAUCAGCAGGAGGGUAUAAGAGCUGGUGGCGAGGUUUUGGGCUGCAAACCUCUCAACUGAAGCAAGCAAGCAAGCAGGCGCAAAAAAAGCAUCUUCCCCCCGUGUGGUCCUGGGACAAUAAGAAGACAACGCACUGGAAAAUAUGCUGUUCUGCCAUUCCCAGCCUGAGUCCUACCACCAGCACUCUGCUAGUUACAUUAGCUCCUCUUCUUCUCCCUCUGUUCUCUUUCACAGAGAGGCCUUGGCGCCUUUCUUGAAAAACGAAGAAGCAAAACUUAUGGCAGAAAAUGGUGCCAAGAGGACUCCAUUCCAGUACAUUCUGUGCGCAGCCACCUCGCCGGCUGUGAAACAGCAGGAGGAGACUCUCACUUAUCUCAACCAAGGUCAGUCCUACGAAAUCCGUAUGCUUAACAGAAAACUAGUGGAGUAUACAGAUAUAAGCAGCAAAUAUGUAAAGAGCAUUGUGCGCGUGGUGUUUCAUGACCGUCGGCUGCAGUAUAUGGAGCACCAGCAGCUGGAGGGAUGGAGGUGGAACAGGCCGGGAGACCGAAUCCUGGAUAUAGAUAUCCCACUGUCAAUGGGGAUACUGGAGCCUCGUUCACACCCUAUGCAUCUCAACACCAUUGAGUUCAUCUGGGAUCCUGUCAAGAAUGCCUCUGUUUUCCUACAGGUGAACUGCAUCAGCACUGAGUUCACCCCCAGGAAGCAUGGUGGGGAGAAAGGGGUGCCUUUUCGUAUCCAGGUAGACUCUUUCACCGCCAAUGAACAUGGGGAAUACAUGGAGCAUGUCCAUUCCUCCAGCUGCCAGGUCAAAGUCUUCAAGCCAAAGGGGGCUGAUCGCAAACUGAAGACAGACAGGGAAAAGAUCGAUAAAAAGUCCCUUCAAGACAAAGAAAAGUAUCAGCAGUCCCAUGAGACCACGCUGCUAAAAGAGUGCUCUCCCUGGCCUGAUGCCCUAAAUCUCACCAGCCACAGCAGCAGCAGCAGCACUCCAUCUCCAGUUUACCACAGCUCGCCAACCUCCUGUACUUUUGCAGAUGGCAACUGUUCUCCAAACCAGCAAGGGGAGCUGCUCAUGCCCGGCUGCUCUGAUCAACUUCUGCCAUCAACCUCGCCGCAGGACACUCAGCAGUGGCUGCAGCGUCACAGGUUCUCGCCUUUCUCAAGGCUCUUCACCAGCUUCUCAGGUGCUGAUAUAUUGAGGAUGAGCAGGGAGGAUCUAAUCCAGAUCUGCGGCCCGGCUGACGGCAUUCGCCUGUUUAACACAAUGAAAGGAAGGUAUAUACAGCCUCGUCUUACCAUCUAUGUGUGUCAGCAGCAGGCCAGAAACCAACCUCUCAUCAAACCAGGAGGUGUCGACAUCUACCACGCUCUGUAUCUGGAGGAGCUGACACUGCUGGAUCUUUCUGAAAAGAUCGCCGCUUUGUACAGCAUCACUCCUCAGCAGAUAACACACAUCUACAGACAGAAACCCAGCGGGAUCCACGUCUUAGUCUCUGAUGAGAUGGUGCAGAACUUCAGGGAGGAGACAAACUUCACCAUCAGCACUAUAAGGGGUGAAAACGCAGAUGGCUUCCACAUCGUGUUGAAAUGAAAUUCACAGUUUCAGCUCUGAAUCAGUGGAAAUGUACAGAUUGUAUAUAAGUCUCUCUAGAUGGAAAUAUGUGACAUUUGCUAAGAUUUAUAGGACAUUCAAUUGCUCUUAAGCUUUGAGUUUACUGGUUUCCUUUAAUUUUUCUGUUUUAUGUGUAUUUUUGUGAAGCUACUGAUUCAUGUUUGUAAUGCCUUGUAAUUAGUGAUAAACCAUGCUGUAUUACUGCUGUAUUAUUUCUUGCUUUCCAGACCGAGUUCAUGAGUAAAUGUGACACAUGAUGAUACAGACAAAUAGAAAAGACAAAUGAACAAAACUGUAUUAUCUUGUCUUAAUGCAAUGCAAAGUGGCUGCUGUAUGUUCAUGCUUUUCUCAAAUAUGAAUGAUGUGAUGUAGUUUAUGAACUGUUUCUAUUGCAUAUGUAUGUUAUACAGUUUCUUUCCUUGAUGAAGUGUAAUUUAAAAUUUGG